GAAGAGGAGGAAGGAGACGCAGGGAGGGAGAGAGCAAGGGCAAUUCAGAGAGGACAUGAAACCAUUUGGAGGAAGAGAGAGAGAGAGUAAAAAAGAAAUCCGAUAAAAGAUUUGAGAAUGUGAUGCACUUGAAGAGUAGGUGUUAAGAAAAGCGUGCUGCUACCAGGAGUUGGAGACUAGCCAUACAUCAGUAAGCCUCCUCUCUCUUCUUUAGCAGUUCUGGGCUUCAUUGAGCUCUGCAGGUGCUCACUGUAGUAUCGACCAAUUGUGUGUGUGUGUGUGUGUGUGUGUCUGUGUGCGCGUGCGCAUGUUGCUGCUGUGUUAGUGCGCGCAGCCCCCUUACGAUCCCCUCGUUGGGUGCUAAUAGGAUUUUUAUGGGCCCAUGUCAAGCAGGAUAGAGCUGCCAAGGGGAGCUACUUCCCACAUGCAUGCAUGUGCGCACGCCAGCACACACGUACACAGAUAAUCUAAGAGACAUUGUGGGCAGGAAAGGUUUAUACUGCUUCACACGCAUGCAAACACAUCACGUACAAGCGCGCACCCCUCAAUGCAGUAACACACACACGCGAGGGGGUGUCGAGAGAAAUCACUUGCGUUGAUUCUCCAUGGUGCUGCCGACAGCUGGAUAACUGGCCCUCACUGAGAGGCUAUUAAGUUGGGACAAGAUACUCACAGAUAUUGUUUUACAUUGGGGCAAAAACACCAAGAUGAACACUAUGUGGGGAGCUAAGACCUUGUCAUCAUCAGUCCCGGGGAACACAGUGAACAUUGAAGCAGAUUUGAAGUGAACUGAUGACAACAUGAUCUGCACUGGUGCACUAAAAACAAACUUUUUUCUUCUGCAUUCUACCAUUAACUGGGACACCCCACUUCUCCUCUGCACCGUUUCUCACACUGCUUUCAUUGUGGAUAAAGCCGUUUUUAAAGCAGUUCGGUUUUGGCUGCCGGGUAAUGAGCGGAGGACAGACGAGACAGAUGGAUGCAGCUCUUACAUUGAGCAAGACAGACAGACGGCUGUGUGUCCUUUUAGGGAGAAACUUUGAAUACUGAGACAAAGAGACGUUGAUUGAAUCACUAGAGCCUGUGUGGACUUGCACGGAUAUAAAAACUGACACUGCAGAUUCAUUAUGGAGCUUGUCCCAAAAACCAAAUACACCCACUUUCGGAGUGAAUCGCUGAGCUCAACUGAUGAGACAAACUCCAAUCCAUCAUCGUUCCCUCCUUCCAGUCCUGCUACCCCCGCUACUCCCUCCCCUGGUUUACCUUCUUCUCUCUCCUCAUCAUCUCUCACUCCCAUCUUGCCCCCCUCUUCUCCCCGCCCGGCUGAGAACAGCCCCACCACCCUCUGCUCCUUCUUCCCCAGGAUGGGAUCACUUCGUCUGGGCGUCUCUGCCACUCUUCUCCCAGGACUCAAGGCCUCGAGCAGGCCGCAGCAGCCUCCGGCGCCUGUUGAGUCCUCCGGGGAUGAUAGAAGCAGCUCUAGCUCCUCCCCUCCUCUUCAUCACCCUGUUCCCCCUCUAACUGCUCCUUCUCCCCCUCCCCGACCUCCUCUGCAGGACAUGAACCGGCUGGGAGGGGCGUCCAGGAGGGCACGGGUGGAAGGAGGGCAGCUGGGAGGAGAUGAGUGGACACGCCAUGGCUCCUUUGUCAACAAGCCCACCCGCGGCUGGCUGCACUCCGACAAUGUGGUCAGCACCACCGGUGUUUCCUACACUGUACGGUACAUGGGUUGCGUGGAGGUGCUACAGUCAAUGCGGGCGCUGGACUUCAACACCAGAACUCAGGUCACCAGGGAGGCAAUCGCUGUGGUGUGCGAGGCAGUACCCGGAGCCAAAGGAGCCCAUCGCAGGAGAAAGCCUACCCUUCGCUGUCUGAACUCCAUCCUGGGGAAAAGUAACCUGCAGUUUGCUGGCAUGACAAUCAGCCUCACCAUCUCGACCAGCAGCCUCAAUCUGCUGGCCUCCGACUGCAAACAGAUAAUUGCCAAUCAUCACAUGCAGUCCAUCUCCUUCGCCUCUGGAGGAGACCCAGAUACAGCUGAGUACGUAGCAUAUGUGGCCAAAGACCCAGUCAACCAGAGAGCAUGUCAUAUCCUAGAGUGCUCGGAGGGUUUAGCCCAGGAAGUCAUCAGCACCAUCGGCCAGGCCUUCGAACUACGUUUUAAACAGUACCUGAAGAACCCACCCAAACUGGUCACACCUCAUGACAGAAUGGCUCCGUUUGACGGCUCUGCAUGGGAGGAAGAAGAUGAUGAGACUGGUCCGCCUCCUGACGUCCCUUACUAUAAUAAUUUCCCUGGAAAACAGCCUCCCCCUGGUGGACUGAUUGACAUGAGGACCCGCCCAGGGGCCACGCUGCCUUAUGGACAGCCAGGUCAGAAUGACAUUCACAAGCAGCCUCUGCCACCUCUACCAGUGGGUGCCAAAGAAGGCGGACGGGAACUAUUUGAUGACCCUUCAUACGUCAAUGUGGAUAAACCCCGCCCCCCAGUUGCAGCAAAUGGAAAUGCUCACAGAGAUGCUUUUGACAUGAAGCCAUUUGAUGAUGCCCUGGGGGUCUCUGGACACGGUGGCCCGAGCUCGGUGACAGCAGUGCCCCCUCUGGUACAGCAGUUGCAGUGUGAGGCCUGGUUCCAUGGUAGCUUAAGUCGCAGGGAAGCGGAGAGGCUGCUGACCCGAGAUGGUGACUUUCUGGUGCGGGAGUCUGGGACCACGCCCGGACAGUACGUCCUCACAGGACAGCAGGGGGGUCAGCCCAAACACCUUCUACUAGUCGAUCCAGAAGGAGUGGUCCGUACAAAAGACCAUCGUUUUGAAAGCGUGAGUCACUUGAUCAGUUAUCACAUGGACAACAGACUCCCCAUCGUAUCAGCUGGUAGCGAAGUGUGCCUGCAACAGCCAGUUGAGCGCAGGGCCUGACGUUACACAGACCAAUGAAAUACACCACCAAAUAUACACACACCUACUGCAAUUCAACACAAGAUAAACCCCAUCUCAUAUGCUAUAACACACACAGCAACACUACAUUGAACACACUCAAACAUACACAAGAACCCAUAUGCACACACACACACACACAGCAAAGAAAGCCAAAAAAGGAAAAAAAAAAUCACCAGUUUCUCUGCAAAAUCACUUAUUUGCUGCUGUUGUCACACGUUCCUGUCCUUUCUGAAAGCCAAACUGUGAUAUGCAGUCCCUCCUCGACCCCAUCGACCAUCAGGUGCAUCCCUCCACAACGGAGAAGCACUGCUGCAACUUCUCAACAGCCUACUGUGAACCAGGGAGGAGCCCUUUGCUAAUUUCACAAGGGGGCAGAAAACAAAUGCAAUUUUUUUUAAGAAAAAAAAAUCCUAACAUUUGAUUAUGGAAAACAAAAAAACAGAACAUUUUACAUGGAAUUGUGUACAAAAUAAUAGUGGAACCGAAGAGUGAAGAAAGGAACAUAAAUGGGACAUGGAAUGAGAUAUUCUCUGCUUUUCAGCAUGUGUUGUUUCGUUCGGGGGAAAUGAUUUCCCUCCUCAGACUGUCGCUGGAGCGCGUUAGGCAAAACGCAGACUGGAUGGCAAUCGUUUUUUUUUUUUGUUGCAGAAACUGAACCAGGCUCGAACAUAAACACUCCCUUCAGGUGUCACUUGAGCACUUCUGCAGCAAACCUGACUUUGACAUAAUUCUGCCUGGUGAAUAUGCAUAAACAAGUUUGCUUCCAAUAUAAUCAGGAGGGCCACCCUAGCCCCAACCACUCCUCUAUUAAAGACUUUUGAACUUUUGGCCCGGAGUGAUACCUGGUGAUGAAGAAAGUAUGUAUGCAAACCUGGGACUGCUAUGCCAAUGACCAUCAUAUAUGGGUUUUUUUGCUCUUGGGAUUUAUUACUAAUUGAACAUUAGGAGUUUAGGAAGAUCUAAACAGCUGUAUUGCCCAAAUCCCUCUGUAAACACAGAUAGACGUACACCUUUACACCACACACAGUCUGCACCACCUGUCAUGCCAAAGAACAUGAACUUGGUCGCUAACAGCAGAGGAAGCUACAAGAAUUAUCUAUCUUGUGUGCUUACAGCAUUGGGAGCUAAUUUAGAAAGACAGAAACGCACAUAGAGAUGGGCCUGUUUUAGAUGGAAGAAAAAUCUAGGUGAUUGUGCCUGAAUUAUCAUUGAAAAGGCAUUUUUUCCUCAAAGUGAGUUGAUGUCACCCACAAACACAAUAACUACUGCAUUUAGAGAAGCAUAGACCAGAUCAUUUUGAUCUAUUGGUUUUCCUUGAUACCUUAGUAUGUGUUAGCAUUGACAAUCUGUGGGUUGUAUCUUGACAGAGUAUUCUCUGAAGCAAAUUGAAAGCAAAGGAGAGUUGUUGAAGGAGACCCCUUUAAACGGUGGCCAAUGAGAAAUGUUGAGCAGACUGAAUCUAAGCAAUGAAUUUCCCUCUGCAAAAAUGAUGCAAAGUAUCUCACAGUAAGUGGUUUGGUAAUUUUUUGUGCAUUGUGAUGUUGCUUUACUUUUUAAUCACUUGAGGGAAUCAUUUUGAAAACCUUGUCUCAAAUGAAGUGGGUUGUGGGUCACUGAACAUAAGGACGUACAUGCUUUCGGAGCAUUGCUAACGAUGAAAUGUUAAGCCAAAUGCUGCUCCUCCGUGUGCUGUUUUCACAAACGGUUGAGGUUUUGGAGGGAGGAGUUCACACUAUAGUUUUCUCCUUUCCCCUUCCUCCUUCCUCAAUUCAUGAUGUUGUUUUUUAUAUCUUUUUAAUCGUGCCUUGUUUCUUCAAUGCAGUCACGUCACUUCAAUGCAGUCACCUUAUGUACUUAAUUCAAAUGUAGUCGACUACAGGAGAAUCUGACACAAGCCUCUCAGUUAAACAAAGACUCUGCAAAAAUGACACUCCAAUAAACACACACAAACGGAUCCAGUGAUGGCAAUCUCCUCUGAUGCACAUUCUUGCAUUGAGCUUAUAGUCACAGAUACUUGAUGUCACCAUAGGGAGGGGAUAUUUCCUGAUCAUCUGUAAAUACCAUCAAUUUUUGACUGGUCAGCUUAGUAUUGGAUUUUUGUUUCCAUAGUUGUAUAUUUAAAGACUUAUUUGGUAAGUAACACAGAUCCGGACACCACAGCACUGAGGUAGCUCUUAAAGCCAGCUGAACUUGUCAAAGAGAUUGUGGCCAAACUCCUGAAAUACGAGAAGGGAUCUUUCAGCUUAAACCUUAACUGUCAACUCAUUCUCAUACCCCGACGUGGGCUCACAUGCAAUCUAACAUGCACACACAUUACCAGAGUGACAGCUGGGUCAGUCAGACACUCACACUCUGCCUGUUCGGAUGUUUGUAAGUCAGAGAUAGGAAAACCAGAGCUUUAAGUUCUGCCAUUAUUGUGUGUCCCCCUUUGUGUGUGUAUGCGUGUGUGUGUGUGUGUGUGUGUGUGUGUGUGUGUGUGUGUGUGUGUGUGUGUGUGUGUGUGUGUGUGUGUGUGUGUGUGUGUGUGUGUGUGUGUGUGUGUGUGCUGAAAUAGACCCAACUGACCCUCUGCAUCAUUAGUGACCUGGUGAUAACAUUGUUUAUCACAGUUGCCUUUGUUGCAUGAAAAUCCUUUCAAAAAAACGUGUUGUUUGUUGUUGGUGAUGGUGAUAGUGUUGAUGAUGCUGUUGUACUUUUUCAUUUGUGUUUUUUUGAAAGCCAAAGGUUACUUUCAGAUAGCGUGCACAGAUAUUGAUUUUUACUUUAUAUAUUUCUGUUUUAAUACUUUUUUUGUUUUUAGGGAAACAUGUCUGUUUACACCUGUAUCUGAAAAUAUAGAUUGCAUAUAUAAAUACAUAUAUCAUUCA